AAAACCGGUUUCAUUCUUCGCCCUUGUAGUGGCCUGCUUUCUGCACGAGAUUUCCUGGCCAGCUUGGCGUUUCGUGUGUUCCAGUUAUACGAGUACUUACGGCAUGGCAGCAAGCCACAUCAUUCACCUGAACCAGAUCUAAUUCACGAACUUCUUGGACACGUGCCAAUGUUUGCCGAUCCCAUGGUAGCGCAGAUGAGUCAGGACAUCGGUCUGAUGAGUUUGGGCGCUACCGACGAAAAAAUGAGAAGCUGGCCACCUGUCUACUGGUUCAUUAUCGAGUUUGGGUUGUGUCGAGAGGACGGACAGUUGAAAGCGAUUGGCGCCGGACUUCUCUUCUGCUUAUGGAGAACUGAUGACAAACCUGAACAUCGUGAGUUCGACCCGGCCACUACAGCUGUGCAAAAAUAUGAAGACAGCGACUAUCAACCGCUAUAUUUUGUCGCCCAGAGCAUUCAAGAUGCGCUGUCGAAGCUC